ACACGACACGCAAACGGUGCAAGAUAGGAGAACAGGAUUGGGGGCUGGGGCGUUCUGCUGGCGUCGUGUGUUUGUGACAAGACAAAAAUAGGUAAAAGCAAGCAAAGAAUACUGGCAUAACUCAAGAUGUUCCGGAACCGCUUGUUUGGUGGUGUGUGGAAGCCAAAGAACCCUCAUUCACUGGAGCACCUGAAGUAUCUCUACAACGUGCUGCAGCGGAACCAGACGGUCUCCGAGAGCAACCGCGGUCUGCUGGUGGAGACGCUGCGCUCCAUCGCCGAGAUCCUGAUCUGGGGCGACCAGAACGACAGCACCGUGUUCGACUUCUUCUUGGAGAAGAACAUGCUGUCGUUCUUUCUGAAGAUCAUGAAGCAAAAGUGUGGCAGCUACGUAUGUGUCCAACUACUGCAAACCUUAAACAUUCUCUUCGAGAACAUCCGGAACGAAACCUCGCUCUACUACCUGCUGUCGAACAAUCACGUUAACUCGAUCAUCGUGCACAAGUUUGACUUCUCGGACGAGGAGGUCAUGGCGUACUACAUAUCGUUUCUGAAGACGCUGUCCCUCAAGCUCAACACCCACACUGUCCACUUCUUCUACAACGAGCACACAAACGACUUCCCGCUGUACACGGAGGCCAUCAAGUUCUUCAACCACUCCGAGACGAUGGUGCGCAUCGCCGUGCGGACACUCACCCUGAACGUCUACCGCGUGGAGGAGAGGUCCAUGCUGCGCUUCAUCAGGGACAUGACGGCCGUGCCCUACUUCUCCAACCUGGUCUGGUUCAUCGGCAACCACGUGCUGGACCUGGACCAGUGCGUACGCAGCGACUCCAGUCAUCAAUCGCGCGGACGGCUGGCCGACUUAGUGGCGGAGCACCUGGACCACAUCCACUACCUCAACGACAUCCUCUGCCUCAACAUCGAGGAGCUGAACCAGGUGCUGACUGAGCAUCUGUUGAGCCGCCUUCUGCUGCCGCUGUACGUGUUCCCGCUGGCGCACCAGGACCGCGUCACCGAUCAGCAGCCGCGCGUCAGCACUGUGGUCUCGCUGUUCCUGCUGUCGCAAGUGUUCCUCAUCUUCACGCACCAGCCGCUGGUGCGCCUGCUGGCGCGCAUCAUCCUCACGGCCGACCAGCACCUGCUCUGGCGAUCCGCCUCCACGGGCGCCUUCUGUCCGGGAUUCGUGCCGCCACCGCAGAGUCUGGCGCAGUCGCUGGAGGCGGUGGCCACGCCGGCCGCCGAGCCGCCGCCGCCGCCGGCGCCGCCCGCCGCCUCCUCGCCACGGCCGCCAGCCGUGUACGGCCUGCCGGACCUGGCAGACUCGUGCAACUACACAGACGAGGAGAAGCGCCUGCUGAGCCGCGGCGCGCCGGCGCGCGAGACGGCCGAGGCGGCCGAGGCGCCGGCCGGCCCCCGGCCCUUCAUGGCAACCAUUCUGGAGUCGCUGGACUGCACGCAGAACGAUUACACGGCGCUGUUCGCGCUCUGCCUCCUGUACGCCAUCGGUCACAACAAAGGCAUCAACAGCGAGCUGUUGGACACGGUGCUGCUGCCAUGCGGCGACCGGGCGCGCGCCACCUACAACAGUCAACUGGCGGAGCGCGUCAUCGGCAUCAUCGCCGCCAGCUGUCUGCCCAACUCGUGCGUGCGCCUGGUGACGCUGGAACUGGCGCUGGUGGUGCUGCGCCAGCUGGUGCUGACGGCCGGCGGCAGCGUGCUGAGCGACGCCGACCUGGCGCGCGUGGAGGGCGCCCGCGAGCAGGCCACGCUCACACUGCGCAACUUCUACAAGAGUGAGGAGAUCUUCCUGGACAUCUUCGAGGACGAGUACCGCGAGAUGCUGAAGCGGCCCAUCAACGUCGAGUAUCUGAUGAUGGACGAGCGGCUGCUGCUGCCGCCGGCCGGCACGCCCAUGUCUGGCGUCGAGUUCAGCCGCCGUCUGCCCUGCGGCGAGGUGGAGCGAGCCCGCUGCGCCAUCCGCGUGUUCUUCCUGCUGCGCGACACGAGCCUGGCGCUGCGCGACGAGCCGGAGACGCAGCUGCCGCUGUCGCGGCCCGACCAGUUCAUCGGCGUCGACGAGACGCUCGACCUCAACAACAGCGACCUGAUCGCCUGCACGGUGAGCGGCCGCGACACGGCGCGCAGCCGCCGCUUCCUGGUCAUCGACGUGCUACAGCUGCUGCUGGUGGACCCGGACCCGCGCCGGCUCGGCUGGGGCCUGGCCAAGUUCGCCGGCGCGCUACAGGACGUCGAGGUGACCGGCGACAAGGAGGACUCGCGCGUGCUGCACAUCACCGUGCACGGUCCGGCGGCGGCCGGCGCCGCCGGUGCCGCGCCCCUCCUCAGCGCGCGGUUCGUCUUCGACGAUCAUAUCCGCUGCAUGGCCGCCAAGCAGAAGCUGGUGCGCGGCCGGCAGAAGGCGCGCCAGCGCAAGAUGCACGCCAUCGGUCGGCUGCUGGAGCUGCCCGGCCACAUGCACCCGUGCCCGUCGCCGCCAUGGUACGGCUCGGCGCCAGAGGACGCUGCGCUGUGA